GGCGAGAUAGAAAGUCAUGGAUCGAACGAGAUGCGGGAUAUGUUACAUAACAAGUGAAUGGCGUUCGUUAACAGCGGGCGUUGCUCCGAUUUCUCACACCAAGAAACCAAACCCGCUCGUUCACCUUCCUCGAGGGCGAUUUCUUUCUGUCGGUGAUUUCGCUCGCAUGUUUAAACCUUUGAUGAUCCAAUUUAUUUUCUCGAAACACCCGACAGAACCAACUGACAAGACUUGACGGGAUAGCUCAUAGCCCUUUCUAUUGCAAUGGAUCGAUUGUUAUCGAACGACCCAACAAGCAGCACGACAGUCACCCGCAACGACCCAGCUCCACCACCACCACCACCACCGACCAACUCGACCUCCCCUUCCCGCGAUCCCAACAACAUCGCCACAACCACCACCACCACCACCACCACCACCAAACCCCUCAGCUGCAAGAACUACGCCACAGCCCUCCUCAUCAACCUCACCACCUUCCUCCUCCCCGCCCUCUACUCCACCCUAAGCAAAUUCUGGGUGUCGCAGCUCCACGCCCGCAUGCUCGCGACGACGGACGUCUACAGCUACAUCGGGAUCGUGGCCGAGGUGCUCAACGAGGGCCUGCCGCGGGCAGCAUGGAGCGUCAUCGGCGACGCCGCGAACCGGACGCUCCGCUCCCGCCGACAACUGGCUUUCACGCUGAUCGCGGCGCAGAGCAUUGGAUCAGCCGGAUGUGCCGUUGGUGAUCGGCACGUCUUCACUUUGCUGGAGUCGGCGAUCAGGAAUGCCCUCUACCUAUGGCUGGGUUCUGGCGUGGUGGCCGUGGGUCUGGUCUACACCACGGCUUGGUCGGUUUUCAACACGAUCCGGUGGGGAUUGAUAAUAGUCCCGAUCCAAGCAUUGGAAGCCACGGCAUUGACAUUCGUCGGCCACCGCUGGGGAGCAUUCCGCAACAGCGUCGGCAUGGACAACCGUCGUCCGACGGCCUCCAAGCGGCAAAUCUACAACAUCGUCUCUCCGGCUCUGCAAUCAUGCUUGAUCGCAUUAGCCUUCGAGGUGCCCGUCGCGCUCUUCCUGUCAUUCUACGGCGCACGUCGUUUCGCACACUACAUCUCCAGCUCGGAGGAAGUCUCGGUCGUGACGGAGAGGAUGUGGCGCACGAUCGAUUGGUGCUACAUCUUCUACGCGGUCUCAACGCAACUCGCGACCAUUCUUCUCGCUACCGGACCGCUUCGGUACCUCUACCAGUCUCUGGUGAAUAACCUCUGCUGGGUACUCUCGUGGGCAGUGGCGGUUUCGAGGAUCGGAAUCACGCCGGACGACGCGUGGAAGUAUCACUCUAUCGUGUUCGGUGGGAGUCUUGUGUUCAGCUUCUUGGAUAUUGCGCUCGUCGUCGUGAUCUGGGCUUGGAUGCUCCUGUCGGGUAAGGUUCACUUGCUGGCAGUCACACGUGCUGGGCGAUGA